CUGUACUACUUGGCCAGUGGCACUUCUCUCAGGCUCAUAUUAUUGCAUGGCACUUCUUAUCUGUGAAUGUGCUUAUCUUAUCUGGGUUCAUGGUGGGACAGGACUUUGUUGCCUUUGUUAUACAGAAGCAUUACAUCAACAGUUGGCUCACUUGAGCUUUGUCCAGGAAGAAAGUAGACUUUCUCUCAUGAGGAAACAUACUGAGCUUGUGUUAGGGUAGUGUUAAAUGUAUCGAACAGACAGAAAAAAUAUUUUUUUUAUGAAGAAUGGCUGAGGCAGGAGUCCUUGAAAUGGAGGAGGAAGGUGUUGUUACACUCGGAGAAUUGCCAACUACAGAAGAGACUUGUGCCAGAGUUUCAUACACACUGAGGCGAGUGGAAAAGCAGGAAGAUGAGAGAGACUCAGUCAUACAGCCUCUGCUUCAGCACAAACACCAGGACAGCCAGGAUGAGAAUCACAAAGCAGACACAAGAACGGUGACAGAUGGGGCUGACCGAAAGACAUCUGUUCCACACGAGCUGGAAUUGGCGUGCAGGGAUCAGCCCGGCUGCAGUGGAAGUGUCAGGAGUUUGUGCAGUGACAGCAGCCGACGCGAGUGCCCCAUCUGCAGCGAGCUGUUCGACUUGCAUGGAGAUCACCGCAUCACCUUACUCAACUGCAACCACGCACUGUGCCACCACUGUACAGCCGGCAUCAUGAGGCGGGCCAAGAACCCGGGCCGACUGCAGUGCCCCUUCUGUCGACAGACCACCCCGUUCCCGCAGUGGGAGAUCAGGAGGCUGCAGGAGGAGUCGUACAGCGGCGGCGUUUACGAGCCCGGGCUGGCCUUCGUCAUCAAUCCUGGCCCCGAACUUCAGGCCGUCCCAGCAUCACCGCUAUGCUGCUUAGCUCUGGAGAGGCGGCUGGAGGCUAGCACACACACAAACAUAUGCUGCCUCUACCCAGCCUGCCUUGUCAGAGGACUGAGACUGAUGCGACUACGCUCCCGCUGCCUCUCCAUCACUGUCAUCCUGUUGCUCGCCCUGGUGCUGCUGGGCUGCUUCCUGUACAUAUUGGUUCCUCUUGUUGUUCUGUCCAUACUUUACAGUAACAGCUAAGCUUAGAUCACUUGAGUGAUUUCUGUUGUCUGAACUUCUGCAAAAUGCUUUAUGAAUUAACUGCCUGUCAACUACUGUAAUAGCUUUACAAAUAAGUGACAUUAGGGGAAAUACAAACAUCUGCAUUUUUGGCACAUUCAGCAGGGAACAUACACUACAGCACUGAGGAAUAAGAGCCAUGAUUUGUAGUUUUUUCUCAUUCCUCUGCAAUGUUACAUUUAUUUUAUUUUAUACUUCCAUUUAGUACCUUUCUUUUCGCAUAACCUGAUUAAUCCAUGUUAUAUAUUCCAGGUUAUUUGACUAGAUAUUAUAGAGAUAUUAUAACUGGAAAGAGUCAAAUUUGAAGAUGGCAAGAGCUAAAUCAACUCCUAAAGAGGAUGGUUUGCAGGUGCACAUGAGUUUUCAGUAUUGUAAAUGUAUUGAAAAAAGUAACUCAGUUAAUCUUACAACAUGUCUAAAAUAUCUGUCAAACUGAAAAUGUCUCAUCAAUUUGUCAACUACUGACUUUUGUUUUCUUUGAAGAGUACCGCAGCUUUGCGGGAUUUGGCGCCACGGAUAAAUGGAGGUUUGACUCCGGAUCAAAACUCUUCAUAUCUUUCUGGGUCUCAUAUUGACCUACUUCUUAUCAGAACAGCUCAAAUGCUCUUUGCCGUUACUGCUGCAUAUUCUUAGCAACAAAAACCCAGCUUGAUCUCCUUUCAUGGUGCACAUGAGGGGGACUUGACCCACCAAUUUAAUCCUUUAUAUCCAUGUUAUUCAUCCGAAGAGAGGAAGAGAGAGAGCAAUGAUGAAAGUUGGAAGCGGGGCUCCUAUUUGUGUUUUGUUGUGGAUGCACUUGCACCUUUGAGUUCGUUACUAUAUGCAAUUACAUAAAUAUAUACAUAAAUACUGCAUUCAGUGGGGAACUAUAAAGGUUCAGCUUUGGGGUGAAAUACUACAUAACCACAGUUUCACUUCAGCCAGGAAUCUAUUUUAUCUUUAUAUGAAAGCUUUAACAAAUGUGUCCUAAUAAAGGGAAAAUAACUACAGAGAAAGAUGGUAUAAGUUUCAUAAAUAUCUAUAAUAAAUGUAAUAAUCAACCA